GAUCAGUCGCUUUCUGGCUUUGCGACGAUUCAAAAUUUUAUCCACCCCAGCAUGACGUCGCAAUGUCACAGAUUAUGUCCAAUCAAAAUGGUACAUAAGCUGCGCUGCCACUACUGUCAUUUAUCUUUUGUAAUGGUCUGGUCCAAUUGUGUGAGGUGGGGAUUAAAAACAUACGGAACAGCAUCGUAUGACACAAAAUGGAAUUGUGUUUUGAACACUAAAAUGUUCAUCCAAGCCUUAUAAUUCCUAACUUAAUGCUAACAUAUAACGUUAAUGUUGCAAAAUGCCAUAGAUGGGAUAACAAGAAUGAUCAUAGAUGUCAUGGUAAUUAUAAACCUUCAAAUUGCAGCGUCUAUAACACACAUGGAGCAGCAACACAUACAAACCGAUACACAGCUAUACUCACUGGGACCUGUUCUCCGCUCAGUGGGUGCGACGACAAUUGCUGGAGACUAGUACGGAUCUUCUCUGUUAUUUUCAAUGACGCUUCAUGUCUUCCAGUAGACCUCGCCGGUGCCUGGCAUGUCGCACCACAACGUCAUACUACACUCAAGACGGGCCUCUCUGAAUCCAGAUUUGCCUGUGUAUGGUGUAAAAAAAAAAAAAAAAAAGUUAACAAUCAGCCAUGAGCAUUUAUGCGAACGAUUAGUCACAAUAUUGUCGCAAGGCUUUACUGUUGCUUGUGUGUCUUGUGUUGCCGUUCCCAAGCUUCCCCUUUAGCGCACAAUGAUUCAAGUGUAAGACAGCUGGGGGUGGAAUCGGAUCAGUUGAUGAGUAACAAUUUGAAAGGUCUCAACGGCUUCAAAAAUAAGUACGGGUCAAAAUGGGUCAACCGAGGUUUCAUUUGUGGAAAAGCAAUUAAUUCUGUCUUUUUAAAAGGAAACAUUAUUCCAAGUUGAUUUGUGUAAGGAAAAAAAAAAAGUUGAGUCUCUGGAGUGGCAGCUUAAAAACAACAGCAAAAAAUUACAAUUUAAAUCAAACAACUAAAUACAGUAUUUUUCCAUAUUUCGAAAAAUGCGCAUAUGAAUGCGCCAUUUCCAGAUGCAGUGCAUUUCUGCACCGUAGCAAUCAGCAUCGGAGUGGCCGAGUUUCAGUCAAGGGUGGCCACGCAAGACCACCCCCUGGCCCCAAAGCUGCCAUCCCGUCCGCCUGGAUUUGUGUACCCAGGACUGAGAAGAACCACCGCAGUCAAUAUUAUGAUCCAGCUCCUUACACGUCACCCCUGAGUUACUAUUCAAUAAUGAAUGGAUCUUUUAUGAUCAUUAAGCAACAUUUUUAUUGAUAUGCAGGAGAGCAGGCGGUGGUCCGUGUGUCAGCGAGGCUCCAGCCUGACUGGCCGGCUUUAACGACUCAGCUCGCACUAAAGAUCUCCUUGACCCCUCCUCACGACCGCUUCCUGCCCACCUCCCUUACAGGGGCCUGCAGACGGAGACGGCGGAAUACGAAGUAGCGCGCGACGAAAAGCGGAGGGAAUGCGGUCAAGAACUUAUCGACGUCUUCUUCAGUCCAAAGUCGGAGGACUACGUGGUGGAGUUGGACGAGACCACGAUGGCCCGGUGUGCGGAGCGGCUGCAGGAGGAGGCGUGCAAGGAGCUCUUCAAGGACUCCACGAAAUUGAUCCAUGACUUUUUGAGCGUAGCACCCUUCUCGGACUACCUCGACAGCAUGUACUACAACAGGUUCCUCCAGUGGAAAUGGCUAGAGAGACAACCAGUGACAAAGAAUACGUUCAGGCAGUACAGAGUUUUAGGGAAAGGGGGAUUUGGAGAGGUCUGUGCGUGUCAGGUGCGGGCCACGGGGAAGAUGUACGCCUGCAAGAAGUUGGAGAAGAAGAGGAUCAAGAAGCGCAAGGGCGAGUCCAUGGCGCUCAACGAGAAGCAGAUCCUGGAGAAAGUCAACAGCAGAUUUGUGGUGAGCUUAGCGUAUGCCUACGAAACCAAGGACACCCUUUGCCUCGUUCUAACGCUCAUGAACGGCGGCGACCUGAAGUUCCACAUCUACCACAUGGGCGAGGCGGGCUUCGACGAGAGGCGGGCUGUGUUCUACUCGGCCGAGAUCUGCUGCGGCCUGGAGGACCUGCACCGGGAGCAUAUUGUCUACAGGGACUUAAAACCUGAGAACAUCCUGCUGGAUGACCAUGGCCACAUCAGGAUAUCGGACCUCGGUCUGGCUGUGCACGUACCAGAGGGCCAGACCAUAAAGGGCCGGGUCGGAACGGUAGGAUACAUGGCUCCGGAAGUGGUGACCAACGAGUGCUACACCUUCAGCCCCGACUGGUGGGCGCUGGGCUGCCUGCUGUAUGAGAUGAUUGAGGGCCAGUCGCCCUUUCAGCAGAGGAAGAAGAAGAUCAAGCGGGAGGAGGUCGAGCGGCUGGUCAAGGAGGUGCAGGAAGAAUACUCCGGAAAGUUCUCAGAGGAGGCCAAGUCACUCUGUAAAGCGCUGCUAGAAAAAGAUCCCGGGGCAAGACUGGGCUGCCAGGGAGGCGGCGCUUCGGAGGUCAAAGCGCACGCCAUCUUUCACUCGAUCAAUUUUAAAAGGCUGGAGGCCGGAAUGUUGCCGGCGCCUUUUAUUCCGGAUCCACAGGCCAUCUACUGUAAAGACGUUCUGGACAUCGAACAGUUCUCCACCGUUAAAGGCGUGGAACUUGAGCCCAAAGACGAGUCCUUCUAUAGCAAAGUGUCCACAGGCAGCGUCUCCAUUCCCUGGCAGUACGAGAUGAUAGAGACAGAUUGUUUCACCGAGCUCAAUGUUUUCUACCCGGACGGAGCCGUGCCCCCGGACCUGGACUGGCGAAUACAGCCCUCUCCGCCCCCCAAACAGGGACUUUUACAGCGACUGUUUGGCAGACAGGAGUGCUGUGGCAAUUGCAGUGACAGUGACGACGAGCCAACCAGGCUGUGACACACACACACACACACACACACACACACACACGCCAUAUUUGUUUACAACCUUUUGCACAUUUCUAUUUUAAAGAUAGUACAUCUCUAAAUGUCUGAAUGUAUUUUCGUCAUAGCCAUAAUAAUGAUGAGUUUUAUUAUUUAAAAAAAGAAAGAAAGAAAGAAAACAAUAACGGGUGAGACUUUUUGUCUCCCUGGAGUAAGAGCGGCAGAAUAAUCACCUGCUGUUCAAAAAAUAGAAGAAGAAAAAAAAGUGCCUUGCUGGAGGGCACAGCGACAAGUAACACUUAGUAUGAGAGGGCGAAUCCCUCCUCCUUUUUUCCAGGGAAUAAAACGAGUGACUUUUGACUCUGCUGUGACCAACUUUACCCGACUUUUACUCUGUAUGUCUCUAAUAUUUCAGGGGCUCACUAACAGACCUCAAAGUGAAGUCCCCUAAUGUUUUAUAUAUAU